AUGGCGAAAUUGGGUUAUGCCUGUUACGAACGAACAGGCUUCACAGAAGUCUCAAACGCGUAUGGAAUCGGCGUCGGGGUGGACUUCUUCUUCUUAAACACAGCAGCCAUGAAUCCUCAAGGCUUGGGGUCGGACCUCGGAAAAGGCAUCCUGUUCGGCGAAGAAGUGCACUGGUUGGAACACCAAAGGGUGGAAUUGUACGUGGACUACAUCCCGAGUUUGAAAGUCAUGAACUGGAUUCAUCCAUGGAGCUGCAGUCAGGUCUGGGAUACGGUUCGACGCCGAAGAGGGGAUGAAGAUGAUGAAGAUAAGUGUGCCGUGAAUGCAGGACAACAAGAACGACUUCUAGUGUUACCAGAUCGUGAAAUAGCCCAUCCCAGUUGCUUACCUCGAUGUGGGGAAUUGCAU